AUGAAAGUCCGAGUGAAGCCAAAGCACGAAGCUGGGGCCGCUGUGAAUUAUAUUUCUCGGCGAGGAGCUUUAAAGAAGCUGCAAUUAUCACUGAAAGAUUUCAGACGGCUCUGCAUAUUGAAGGGCAUUUAUCCUCAUGAGCCUGCUCACAAGAAAAAGGUCAACAAAGGCUCCACAGAGAAUCGUGUGUGGUAUUAUCGAAAGGAUAUAAAUUUCCUCGCUCAUGAGCCGAUAAUCAACAAGUUCCGCGAUUAUAAGGUUUUCCUGAGGAAGUUGAAUCAUUACAAAGCAAAGAGGGAUGAGUCGAAGGUGAAGAAACUCUACGCAAACAAGCCAGAGUAUGAAUUGGAUAGAAUGGUUAAAGAAAGAUACCCUACUUUUGGAUCAGCUAUUCGUGAUCUUGACGAUGCUUUGUGUUUGUGCUUUGCCUUCGCAACUCUUCCUCAUACUCGAAUCCUCAAGGAGGGACUAAUUGACAGUUGCCGUCGACUUACAGCAGAGUUUAUGCAUUACGUGAUUGAAGCGCAUGCUUUGAAGAACACCUUCAUAUCCAUCAAGGGUAUAUACUACCAAGCUGAAAUAUGCGGAGAGAAGGUUACAUGGAUAGUUCCUCAUGAACGUGGAUUACCACACGUCACUGACGUUGACUUCACAGUUAUGGUGACAUUUGCUGAGUUUUAUGUUGCCAUGCUUGGAUUUGUGAAUUUCCGUCUUUAUCAAAUGAUUGGACUUUAUUAUCCACCUCAAGUACAGACAGGACAAAAUAUGGUCAAUGCAGAUGACUCCGAUGACGAAGAACGUGUGGAGAAGAUUUAUAGCUUGGCGCGGCCUUUGGCUAAAAGAACAGGUGCCGAGAGCGGAAAGGAUGAAGAGGAGGCCGUGGAGAUGUUUGGGGAUGAUGACAAUGCCUUAGCCGAGAAAGUUAAAGAAUCCAAACUUAUCAAAAAUCUAUUCAAAGGACUAGUUUUCUUCCUCAAUAGAGAAACUCCUAAGGAAGCAUUGACAUUGAUAAUUCGUAAUUGUGGAGGUGUGGUUGGAUGGAGUGGAGGUCCCACUAAUUUGGAAGAGUCGAACUCAUCUAUCACCCAUCAAAUUGUGGACCGACCUAUGUCGAAAUUCGAUGUUAACCGAAGGUACAUCCAACCACAGUGGGUGUUCGACUGCUUGAAUGCUCGACGAAAAUUGCCUACGGAGAAGUAUAUGGUAGGUGUUCAGCUACCUCCACACUUUUCACCUUUCACAAAAGACAAGCCUGGAGAUUAUGUGCCUAUGGAAAGACUAGAGGAGUUGAGAAGCAUCGGGCAAGGUCAGCACGCUGAAGUCAAAAUGCGAGAAAUAAUGAUUCCAAAGAAGCACAGGCGAGUAUAUCACAGUAUACGUCAGAAGAUGAAGAAGGACAAAUCAGAGGCGAUCAAAAUCAAAGGAAAAAGAGCGAAAAUUGAUGGAAAAUCAGAUAGCUAA